AUGUCGCCGCCUACUCCUGUGUUUUCCCGGAAGGAAAUCGAGCAAAAGUACGCAGCACAACUCAACGAGCCGGAAAAGUACGAGUGUACGCUCAAAUCGCUCACACAGAACGAAUGUACAUUCAAGUUGGGCGAAAAUUCGCGCGUAGUGGAGACGCUCUGUGUUCCUUUCAAGCGGAUCUUUCAGAGGUGUUUAGUUCCACAUACAAUCCUGAAAAACGGACGCAAGACCGUUGAAAAACGAUGGAUUAAUAUAGAGGUCACGCUGGCAAGUAGCAAUGACGAUUUGAAGAGCGUCAAUCGCGCGGAGAUUCUUGAGUUUAUGAGGGCAGAGCUGGAUUUGCAGAAAUGGAUCCAGAGCACAGAAUUGGAGGAUGAGAGAUGA